AAAUCCACCUGUUAGCACGCAUAUUUCCCUGCGCCUCGAUAUGGGGAGGUGAACUGGUUGCCAGUAGGCUACCGAGUAACCCAGAGUUCAGAGCUGCAUCUGUAGGCUAAACACCUCAUCACUCAGCAUCAGUCACCCAAUCCUGAUCUUUACUGGACCAUCAUUGACGGGAUAAUGUUAAUGCAUCAUUAAUAUGCCUUUGUUUCACAGAGACUUUGCAACACUGCGACUCCGACACACCGCUGGACUUAUGUGAGAACAUGGUAAACCGAUCGCAGUAAACUGGAGCGCAGGUUUGCAACACAUUGUUGCAAAUAUUUUGAUGAAGACGAUGAUGCACUCCGCGUCGCAUGCCCCCUAACUGGCUCCGUUUAUUGCAUCCACCGCGUUCUCGUCUGGAGAUACACACAGUCCGGUUUUCUCAAUUAUGUUCACUUUCGCUGCCUUUUGCUACAUGCUUUCCCUUGUCCUCUGCGUUUCUCUGAUCUUCUUCGCGAUCUGGCAUAUAACAGCCUUUGAUGAGCUUCAGGCCGACUUCAAGGUGCCGAUCGAUCAGGGCAAUCCACUUCACGCGCGUGAAAGACUUCGAAACAUUGAGAGGAUCUGCUGCCUGCUGAGAAAGUUGGUGCUUCCAGAAUACUCCAUCCAUGUCCUCUUCUGUAUUAUGUUCCUGUGUGCUCAGGAAUGGCUGACUGUAGGUCUGAACAUCCCUCUGCUCUUCUACAACACAUGGAGGUACUUCCACAGCCCGACCGACACCAAGGAGCUCCUCUAUGAUCCGGCAUCUGUCAUGAAUGGAGACACACUGAAAUUCUGCCAAAAAGAAGCCUGGUGCAAGAUGUCCUUCUUCGUCCUCUCAUUCUUUUACUAUCUCUACUGUAUGGUCUACUCCUUGGUGAGCUAAUAACCGAUCAAAAGAAGCACAGAAGAUAUCCCCUGAUUUUAAGACGCUGUUUAACUAUGAUUGAAACAAGAGCAGCAUCCUGGAGUUCUGGAGAGACAUACAGCAGCGUCUGGACCUACAGAGCAGACUUGACCCCCAUCUUCCAAGAGUAUAAGAACCCUGUGUUGUUUACAGUUCUCAAUGCCCUAGAUAUGGACCUUGUGUGAUACGGCUUUCACAACCUCACAGUAACGUUUGCACAGAUUGUCUCAGGCACAGCACAACACGUCCUUUACCACAAACCUGCCAACCUUUACACUCACUAAAUGUAGCUUAAAUCCACACGAAAAAUGUAAAAAAAGAAACUCCGCUAACUUGAACAGCGAAUGUUACAUUUAUAGCAGUCACACACUAGGACGCCGACUUUAAAUACAAGCUUUUGUGAUAUAUUUUACGUGUAUUUGUGCACUACUAAUGUAAGCAUUUUUAAUAUGAAAAUAUGUAUUUGUUGCAUUACUUGUGUACAUAGAAAUUCGUGUAAUGCUUUUCUGUGUCGGUGUCAGUUGGUUGAAAUGUUUUUGAACUUUAUAUUAACAAAUGCUGAUAUUGUGGCUUGAAAAUAGAAAACACGAGCCACUUUUCCAGAAUUUUGCACAAAAGUUGUUAUGAGUUUGCACAAUAGAUUUGGUUGUGGUGACGAAAAACAUUUAUAUACCCAGAUUAAGUCUUCCAAUACAUUACAGUGUAUCAGUUAAUUAAAAAAAUAUAUUUUAAAUCCCAAAUUAAAUUUUAGCUUAGUUUUGAAAACAAGAAAACAAUGAUGUUUGAAUAAACAUACCCGUUGUCAUGCUACAGAUUAACCAUGUGCAUAUAAACACAAAUCCCUUGAGACAAUAACUGUAUAUGAUGCUUUUGUUAAGCUCCAUUUAUAAUGUAAUGGCAUCAGUAGACAAACUCUCAUUUUCUUCACAGUUUAAGGGGAUAAUAAUAGCAGUCCCCAGCAGAAACAUACUCUGCUAUUCUCAUGUAGCCUGCCGUAUUUUGUAUGCCUUAUGUAGUUAAAUGAUGACCAAACAUUUUAUAUCUUAUUGUGUACGUGUCCACCCAUUCAAAUGUCAGUUGAGAAAUUUGUAAAUGAAAUAAAACAAUGACUAUUUUAAAA